AUGUCAAGCACCACUUCGUUGAGCAGCUUGUCAGCUACUAGCAGCACGACGUUGAGCAGCACGUCUGAGAGCAGCAGUACGACCCUGACUUCGACGAGUGAGACCAGUAGCGGGUCGAGCACCACUUCCUUGAGCAGCGUGACGGAGAGCAGCAGCACCUCAGAGAGCAGCACCAUAACCUUGACCUCGACGAGUGACACCAGCAGCAUGUCGAGUACGACUUCGCUGAGCAGCUCAACAGUGACUAGCAGCACGUCUGAGAGCAGCAGUACGACUCUGACCUCGACGAGUGCGACCAGCAGUGAGUCAAGCACCACUUCCCGUAGCACCACCACGUCUCUGAGCAGCACGACGGAAAGCAGCAGCACCACCGUGCAUACCACAAGUGCGACUUCUACAAGCCAGACCACAAGCGCGUCGAGUACCACUUCGUUGAGCAGCUCGACCGUUACUAGCACUACAUCUUUGAGCAGCACGACGGCGAGCAGCAGUACAUCGCUGACAUCUACAAGCCAGACAUCAAGUGCGACGAGUACCACAACGUUGAGCAACACAAGCCUUACUAUCACCACCUCAUUGAGCAGCACGACAGGGAGCAGCAGUACGACCUUGACGUCCACAAGUCAAACUACCAGUGCAUCGAGCACCACGUCGUUGAGCAGCUCGACUGUUACUAGCACCACCUCGUUGAGCAGCACGACGGGGAGCAGCAGCACGACCCUGACUUCUACAAGCGGAACUAGCAGUGGGUCGAGCACAACGUCCCUGAGCACCCUGACCGCUACUAGCAGCACGACGAAGAGCAGCAGCACAACCCAUACAUCUUCAAGUGAAACUUCCAGUUCGUCGACCACCUCUUCGUUGAGCAGCACGACCGCUACCAGCACCACUACACUAACCAGCACAACAGGCAGCAGCAUCACGGAGAGCAGCAGCACGACAUUGACAUCUACAAGUGAAACCAGCAGUGUCUCGCUCACCAGCACGACUGAAAGCAGCACCGCGACUCUGACUUCCACGAGUGGAACCAGCAGCACUUCGAGCACCACUUCGUUGAGCAGUUCGACCGGAAGCAGCACUACAACAUUAAGCAGCACAACGGAAAGCAGCAGUACGACUUUGACCACCACGAGUUGGACUAGCACUUCAUCUUUGACCACUACAAUAAGCAGCAGCACCAGCACGCUGUCUUCCACGAGUGAGACGAGCAGUGCUACGAGCACGACGUCAUUGAGCAGCACGACAGUCACGAGCAGCACAACGGAGAGCAGCACUACCACGUUGACAUCCACGAGUAGGACGAGCAGUGUGACGAGCACAACGUCCUUGAGCAGCACGACCGGCACUAGCAGCACGACAGAAAGCAGCAGCACAUCGUUGAGCAGCACCACGGGCACCAGCAGUACAGGCACCAGCACCAGUCCCACUUCAACGAGUGAUACGAGCAGCGUCACGAGCACGACGUCUUUGAGCAGCACAACUGGCACUAGCAGCACGACGGAGAGCAGCACCACCACGUUGACAUCCACGAGUAGGACGAGCAGUUUGACGAGCACUACGUCCUUGAGCAGCACCACCGGCACCAGUAGCACGACCGAAAGCAGUUCCACUACUCUCACCUCCUCGAGCGAAACCAGCAGCGUGUCGACCACGACUUCUUCGAGCAGCACAACGGACACGAGCAGCACGACGGAAAGCAGUACCGCUACUCUGACCUCUACGAGCGUCACCAGCACCGUGUCGACCACGACUUCUUUGAGCACCACGACGGGCACGAGCAGCACGACAGAUAGCAGUACCACUACUCUGACCUCUACGAGCGUCACCAGCACCGUGUCGACCACGACUUCUUUGAGCACCACGACGGGCACGAGCAGCACGACGGAUAGCAGUACCACGACUUUGACUUCUUCGACUGGGACAAGCAGCUCGACAACAACGACGUCUUUAAGCAGCACGACUGGCACGAGCAGCACGACGUUCAGCACCACCACGUCUCUGAGCAGCACGACGGGCACUAGCACCAUGUCAAUUUUCAGCACGACGGAGAGCAGCAGCACGUCGAUGUCUACCACGAGUGCGACGAGCAGUGUUUCGACAACAACGUCCCUCAGCAGCACCACAGGUACCAGCAGCACGUCAUUGAGCACCACGACGGAGAGUAGCAGCUUUACAUUGUCCUCCACGAGCGAAACCAGCAGCGUGUCGAGUACCACCUCGUUGAGCAGCACGACAGUGACCAGUAGCACAACAGUAAGCCAUACGACUGAAAGCAUCUCCUCGACGAUGAGCAGCAGUACAUCAAGUACUACGUCGGUUAGCACCACGACGGGGACAAGCACCAUGUCGGAGAGAAGCACAACAACUCUAACCUCCACGAGUGAAACCAGCAGUGCAUCAAGCUCCACUUCACUGAGUAGUAAGACGGGGUCAAGCAGCACGACAAGGAGCAGCACUACGACUUUGACCUCGGCGAGUAGAACGAGUACUGGGUCGAGUACUACAUCGUUCAGCAGUACGACGCGGACCAGCAGCACGCUAAGCAGCAUGACGGGGACCAGUAGCACAACAGUAAGCCAUACGACUGAAAGCAUCUCCUCGACGAUGAGCAGCAGUACAUCAAGUACUACGUCGGUUAGCACCACGACGGGGACAAGCACCAUGUCGGAGAGCAGCACAACAACUCUAACCUCCACGAGUGAAACCAGCAGUGCAUCAAGCUCCACUUCACUGAGUAGUAAGACGGGGUCAAGCAGCACGACAAGGAGCAGCACUACGACUUUGACCUCGGCGAGUAGAACGAGUACUGGGUCGAGUACUACAUCGUUCAGCAGUACGACGCGGACCAGCAGCACGCUAAGCAGCAUGACGGGGACCAGCAGUACGUCUAAGAGCAGCAGGACACAUAGUAGCAGUACCAGCUCGACUUCUUCGAGCGAGACGAGCAGUGGAACGAGCACCAUGUCUUCGACUAGCGGCACAGGGUCUAGCAGCACGUCGGUGACCAGCGCAUCUGGCACCACCACCACCACCUUGUCGUCAACGACUGCCACCAGCUCGACGGGAACCACCAGUGCGACCCUUACGCGCACGACGAGGUCCAGCACGACUUUGACCAUCACCACGUGGAGUAGUUCAACAACUCUCAGCAGCACGACGGAGUCGAGCAGCACCAGCACGGCCUCGAGCAGUGUGACCGCUUCAAGUGGCAGUUCCACAAGCACCGCUACCUCCGUGAGCGAUACAACCCUGUCCAACACCUCAACAGUAUCUUCCACAGAGACGCUUUCUUCUACCACGAUGUCCAGCACUACCAGCGCGUCCAAUACCACGCUCUCGACCACAUCGGAGACAACGUCUAGUUCCACAUCGCAGACGAGCACCUCCACAACGACCGUGCAAGUUGUCAAUACGAUCAGUGGAACGAUGCAGCUGGGUGCCCUGAACCCUGCAGCCUUCGUAAGCGAUGUAGUUGCUGCGACAGCGGUGACGGACAGCAUCGCCAGUCUGGUGGGCGUGGCGGCGAGCCAGGUGUCUGUGAGCUUGAGCAUCACCAGGAGCAUCACCAGCUCCGUGCAGGCCAGCUACAGCAUCACGACCUUCGGUGGGCCUGGAACGACCAGCGAGCUCAAUUCGGUCAUCAUAUCUGCGCUGACUGCUUCCGACGUCGCGUCAGUCAUGCAGGAUCUGCUUACUGCCAACCUCCUAUCCCUGGGGUUGGAUUAUGAUGUGACGGUGGAGAGCCUCAGUGCGCCAUCGGUCGACAGCGUCACGCUCACGAUCACGUUGACGACUACGACGUUGACAGCGACGGAGACCUCGAUGACUAUCACAAGUAGGACGACGACGACGACUAGCACCACAUCGAGUACGUUGACCACCUCUACCAGCUCGACCACCAGCACUACAUCGACAAGCACCUACACCACUACUUCGACCACCACGUCCACUUCCAGUACGACAUCGACGACGACCACAAUCGGUGCCGUGUCUCUCGUCGUGAUCCCCGCAGAGUUGACCCCUUGCAACUCGCUGUUCGUCCACGCUGCAAUGCCAGACGACACAACCACUCUGACGUGGUCUUGUGUGCCUGACAGCUCACAACUCUGUGCCAACAUCCUCUCCUUGAUUCCAGCGGGCGCGGUCGUCACUACACUGCAGGUCUCGAGUGCUCUUGUCUCUGACGCGGCGGCGUCGGAUGUUGGGCUCACGUUCCCGUUGUCUGUAGGGCUGGAGGCGCACGGUCUGAAUCAGCACGGAGACCAGUCGUUUGGGUCCACCACCUUCACGUUCGAUGUCUUCAGCGGCGACUCGAUGUCAUUGAUCAAGGUACCCAGCAUCACGGAGUACACGUUGUUGGAUGAUUACGUGCGCUUAGGUGCCAAUGUCAUUUUUUGCGACGGCGCCUUGGUUAGCGACAGCAUCGAGAUCACCUGGAGCUGGAGGAGAGUGGUGGCUGGUGGCGACGCACUCUGGAACGCGUGGACCAACGGCGCAGGUGUGGGGCGCACGUCUCUCAAGAUGCCGGUCACCGAGCUGGGCGCCGUCGCGGACUACGAGGUGACGGCUUCCAUCGUCGGGUCCGAGGCCGGGGAGGUCACGUUCUACGUGACCGUGGGCGACAUCCCGCCUCCCGAUGCCAUCCUAUCAUUCCCAGCAAAGGCAUCGAGGAACUGCGACUUCUCGCUCGAUGCCUCGGACUCGACCGACCCAGGCGGGUCCGACUUGGCCUUCGCGUGGGCCUGCUCGUCGGACAAUUCCUCUGGGCUCGCUGUCUCGGACGCAGCGGCUUCGGCGUGCAGCGCAGCGGUGGCAAACGAAACGGCCUCUUAUGUCACUCUGCCAGGCGGCAGCCUGGAAACAGGCGCCUACCUAUUCACAGUCACCGUCUCUCGCGCAGACGCCGAGUCGACCGCGCAGGGGACGGUGCUGGUCAUGAACUCCAAUCAGCCUGUGGUCUCCUUCUCCCAGCUGGCGGCGGAGGUGUCCCCACAGCAGCCGUUGACUUUUUCGGGCGCAAUUGUCGAGUCAGUCGGCUGCGUCGCGCCAAGCUGGAAGGCUUGGUGGCUCAUAGCGCCCGAUGGUACCAGCGCGACCCAGCUGGCGGCGUCAACGGCGACCAGCCUGGUGGAGUUGACGGUGCCUUCGCUGUCCGCCGCAUUUGGUAGUUAUUACGCAUUGCGACUUGUGCUGUCCAACUCAGAGCACACCGGAUUUAUAGAAGACACCAGCAGCGGAGUCUACGUUGUCGAUUCCACCAGCUUCCUGAUUGACGAGCCACCAUCUGGCGGCUCGUCUGUGGUUUUCCCGAGCAUUGGCAAUGCCACGCUGACGAGCUUCACGUUCUCCUCAGUUAAUUGGUUGGACGACGACCUGCCUCUGCUCCACAAGUUCUCCAGGUGCCUCGGAGCCAUUGGCGACGGCUGCGACUCCUGGACGACUGUCAGUGCCUACUCGCAGAGCCAGACCAUGCAAAACGUCCUGCUCUCCACGCCCGGGACAGUGACGAUCAAGGCCGAGGCUAAGGACACACUCGGUUCUGUCAGCGCGGCUGUCACGGAGGUGGAGGUCAUUGAGUUGACCGAAGAUGUCAGCGACAGCACUCUUCUUGCCGUGGUGUCCUCGGUCUCCAGCUUUGGCGACACCUUCACCACUCUGGCCGCCGUGUCGGCGGUGGCGGACAGUUCCCGCGGUGGGAACCAGGAGUUCACCAGCAGCCUGCUGGACACCAUGCUGGACAGUGGCGCCCUCGCCGACCCAAGCCGCGAAGGCAUCGACGCCAGCACGAACACCCUCGUCAGCGUCGUCGCGUCGGGCGCCACGGUGCGGCCAUCGCUCUCGAACGUCCACUCGAACGACACUGCAGAGGAGGUCGUCAUGGACGUGCAGGUCGCGGCGAAGGCCGCCAGCUUAGUCGCCGACAUCGCGGCGGCGGCGAGGGGCCUCUCCGAGGGCCUGGAGGUGGGGACCGCCACGCUGCUAGUCAAUUCGGUGGCCAUCCUGCUGAACACCGCCACGGCCGAAGUCGCCGACAACGGCACCGCUUCCACAGGAGGGGGUGCCGUUUCGGACGAGCAGGUGGCGGAGCAGAGGGGGCUCAGCACCCAGUUGCAGCAGGCCGCCGAUGCAAUCGGCGACGCCGUCGUCCAGGGCGCCUCUGCGGGCGAGACCGUGACGAUGAACAGCUCCGGCUUGCAGCUCAACGUCAUGAAAGCGGAAAGCGACGUGCUUGCGACCCAGGGCGCGAGCGUUGGCGGCUUCACGCUCCCCCCGAUGCCAGGCUUCGCCCCGGGCAUGCGCUUGCUCUCUGGGCGCAGGCUCACGAGCGGCGAGACUGUCGGUUUGUUGAACGCGAAGUGGCACAAGAACCCUUUUACCUACGCAGGGUCCACCGCCCCAGCACCAACAUCAAGCACUGGGGUGGCAAGCGACUUAAGCAUCGCGACGGACGGCGUGCGGUCCUUCAGCAUCCGGCUGGAUGACGAAGAAGUGACCGUGAGCAAUCUGCAGGAUCCAAUCAUCAUUGAGUUGCCGAGGCACUCGAACGCCGAACGCAGAAGGUUGCUUGAACAACGGAAGCUCAGCCAAGGUCAAGUGGAGGCCACUGCGGAGCAGGUGGAGGAGUGCAUGUAUUUUAACCACACGGGUGAGAUUUGGUCCACCGAGGGUUGUUCGGUGGUGGAGGUCAGCGGCGACACGCUCUUGUGCGCGUGUAAUCACCUCUCCUUCUUCUCUUCCGCCCUCGGCAGCAUAUCUUUCCUGGGCGACUUCGUAUGUCCGAACGUGGCCAUUCUCGCCCCUGCAGGCUUCGUGGAGCUGGGCCGGGGCGAGUGGGCGCUGCAGCGGGCUGGGCUCGUGCUCUGGGCGUUGCUGGCAGUGCACCUGGCCAUCACUCUGAUGGCAUGCUUGUCUCAGGGCUCGUGGAAGACCAAGCCGAAUUUCUUCAUGUACUCCGACGACGCGAAGGGCUACAGCAAGAAGACCGUGCUCAGGAAGAUGAUGGGCGCGGGACAGAAGCACGGCAGGUCCAGACUGACCAUGUUGUUAGUAUUCCUAGUUCACGUUGUUCUGAGACUCAAGCUCGAUUACGACUACGACCGGCUCUGCGAGAAGAGCCUGUUCGAAAUGAUUCGAACUCUCGUCUUUUACAAGAUGAUGAUGACCUGGGUCACUGCAUCGAUGGGCUUCUCUGAGCUAGACCUACGCUACUUGCGUCAUGGCAACGUGGUGACCCGUGAUCAGUCCAGCGAUAGCCCGGGCAAGCGCAAAGUGCAAGUCAGGGCAUCCCAGACAAACGACGACGACGACAAUGAUGGAGGAGCGACCGGCGAAGGGCCGGGGAAGGUGCAGGGUGCCGACUCGCGGGAGCCCUCCAAGAACACCAGCGACUCCAGACAGUCCUCGACGAGGAGCGCCCCUUCCGCGGCUGCCGGUGGUGACGAGGCUCCAGAGGGUCCCGCCGGCGCGGAGGCCAGACCGUCGGGCUCGAAGGACUCGCGGGCCUCGGAGGGCAAGCGCAGCCUCGAUGCCCUCGCGAGGCCCCACCGUGCCUCGGCGAGAGGGUCGGACAACGGCCUCACCAACGACUUCGUGGCCGUCCUCCAGGCCAAGAGCCGCGCGCUGCAGCGCCGCCGGGCCGCCAACGCCGUGGCCCCCGAGGCCGACCAGCCCGAGGGGCGGGCGGCCUCGAGCGGGGGCCACGUGCACGGGGCCGCGGAGGAGGCGGUGCAGUUCUCCAGGGAGGUGAUGGUCAUCUACAGGGCGGUCCACCCGCUCUACAAGCUCCUGCUGUACAGCAUGACCAUGCCCUGGGUAUUCCAGAUCGUGGCGCUGGUCGAUGCCGUGUUCGGCUCGCUGAUGCUCUCCGCGCUCUUCUUUGGGACCAGCGCGAGCCCCAACAUUCCCGAGUGCGCGGGGCCGGACGACUUGCUGGGAAACCUCCUACGGGACAUGCUCGUGAGCCUGGGGUCCACGGCCGUCGGCCUCGCCCCGGUCGUGCUGAUCCUCUCCCGGCGCAACCGCACGAUGCCCCGCGUCAGCACAGAGCAGGAGCUGCAGAAGCAGCUGCGGCUGUGGCUCUUGAAGGACGUGUCUACCAUAGUGGGCGGGCUGUUGUGGUUCGUCUUCUGCCUGCUGUACACCAUGCUCUUCCUGGCGAACGUGAGCCAGAGGGACGCGGACCACUGGCUCCUCAGCCUGGCCACUCGCUGUCUCAGCACGUGGCUCCUCGUGCCACUGAUCCUCACCAUGCUGUGGGUAAUGCUCAUGAGAGUCUUCGCGCGUGUCAGCGGGGGUCACUUCAUCGAGGACAGCAUCAGCGCGCUCCUGAGAGCCGUGAACCACGACGGUGGCAGAGCCGCGCCCGCGGCUCUGGAGGGAGCGGCUGGCCACGAGGGGGGCGCCAGAGCCGCGGCGGAGGCGCCGGAGGGCACGUCGAGGCCGAGGCCCAGCCUUGACGAGGCCGCCAUGGCCGUGGACCCGCCACCACGGCCACCGCUUCUGCACGAGGACGCCAGGGACAGGCUGGCAGACGCCGGUGCUGCCAGUUCGCUGGAGGGAGCCCGCACCGCAAGCCAAGGCGUGGCGCUGCCGCCAGUGCCGCCCCUCGGGACGCUCGCGGAGAGCGAGGUCAACUUCUGGGCCUGGGUCGGCCAUCUGCGCAAUCAGCAGGCCAUGGCCGCUGGGAUGCCUGUUGCUGGCCAGCUGCCGAUGCUGCCCAGCUCGCCUCUUUCUUCCUCGGCCGUGAGAGCGCGGGCAUCCGCGUUAUCGCCGUCAGGCCCACGGCCCGCCAGCAGCGACAGCGCCUGGAGGUCGCAUGGCGAGCCGAUGGAGUCGCAGAGCGUGACGACGUCCGUGCGAGCCUUGCGCGGCCGUCAAUCCCUGCCGCAGGACACUCAGCUGAGAGAGCUGAUCACCGCCUGGCGAUCCCCCACCGCCCUUGCCGUGGGCCUUCCGCCAGGGGAUCCCCCGUCGCCUCCGUUUCCGCUGCUGGCGAGCCUGGGCCGCACGGCAUCUCCGCCCCCAGGCCGCGCCCCCGCCGGCGCCUCGCCGCCCCGGGGCCCCGCGGACGACGGCCCCCUAUCCAUGCGCUCGGCGUGGCUCGGGGCCGGGCUCUCGGUCGCCGCUCCGCCGCCGAGGCCCCGGGAGGCGCCGGCCCCGUGGGCCGCCGGCCGCGGCCCACCGCCGCUGCGCCCGCCGGCCGCCUGGAGCAUGCCGCCCCCGCCUCCCGGACCGCCCGCCCAGCCUGCUGGGGCGAGCUCGUCUGGGCAAGGCCUGACGGGUGCUGGGGAGCUGCAGGACCUCUCGCCGGCGGAGGCGGCGUGCAGACUUCGGCAGCUGCAGGCGCCAGCGGCGAGCGCCUCGGCGCCGCCCUCGCCACCUGGUCGGCAGCCCAUGGGCGCGCUGCCGGGCGACGUUCCCUCGCCAGGCUAG